AAGCCGUUAGGGGGCGGGGCAAGCGGGCGGGCGCGCGUCGGUCAAGUUUCCCGGGUCGCGCCAGGCUUCUUUCUCAGCACCGAGCGAGCGACGUUCGUGAAGCUUUCGUUUUGAGAGGCCAGACUCUGCUGUUCUCAAGCCUGGGAGGCACAGCGAAGCAAGACUUCCGCAUCGGGGGAGGAUAGGGCUUGAGGGCCGCCAGCCCAGACUCGCUUCACAAAUGUGAGAACUAUGACAGUUCAGCGAGUAAAGGCCAAGAGUAGACUCCAGGUUUCCCCAGAGUAACGCUCUCACAUUUUAAAAGUUCCUCACGUUCCCACCGCUCUUGUCCCUCUUGCUGAGAGAUACAGGCCAAAAGAGACAGAGUCUCCCUGUGUUGCCCAGGCUGGUCUUGAACUCCUGGCUUCAAGCAAUCCACCUGCCUUGGCCUCCCAAAGUGCUGCAAUUACAGUUUGAAAGCUCCUGGAAUCUCUAGACCAGAAAUUAAACUUCUUGAUGCCCUUCGCAGUGCUUAGCAUACGACUGAGUGCACAGGCAGUUCUUAGGAAGGCCAGCGUUGGAUUGUGUAGGUUGCAAAAUGCAGUACCUCAGACUUGCAACUCUGAAAAGCACUGUUCGAAAUCUCUGUAAAGAGUGAAAAACUUCAAGUUUUAACCAAUGUGUGUUUUAGAGGUUAAAGUUUAAACCCUGACUUGGAAGCACGCUGGGUAGGACUCCUCUGCUCACUCAGACUCAAGUUGGAUCAGAAUCUCUCUUGUGUUGCUGUGAAUGAUUUGCAUUGAAAUUCCCAGCUAGAACUGGAGGAAAGAGGAUUACAAACCAGGAGAUAUAAAGACCUGAAGAUAGUCUUUUCUGUCCAAAGAUGGAAAACAGUACUACUACCAUUUCUCGGGAGGAGCUUGAAGAACUACAAGAGGCAUUUAAUAAAAUAGAUAUUGACAAUAGUGGGUAUGUCAGUGACUAUGAACUUCAAGACCUGUUUAAGGAAGCAAGCCUUCCUCUGCCUGGCUACAAGGUGCGCGAGAUAGUGGAGAAAAUUCUAUCAGUUGCUGACAGCAACAAAGAUGGCAAAAUCAGUUUUGAAGAGUUUGUGUCACUAAUGCAAGAAUUAAAAAGCAAAGAUAUCAGCAAAACGUUCCGAAAAAUAAUUAACAAGAGGGAAGGGAUUACUGCUAUUGGAGGAACUUCAACUAUUUCCAGUGAGGGCACACAGCAUUCUUAUUCAGAGGAAGAAAAAGUGGCUUUUGUUAACUGGAUAAACAAAGCCCUGGAGAAUGACCCUGACUGUAAGCAUCUUAUACCCAUGAAUCCCAAUGAUGAUAGUCUUUUCAAGUCACUUGCAGAUGGCAUCCUUCUUUGCAAAAUGAUCAACUUAUCUGAACCAGAUACAAUUGAUGAAAGAGCCAUCAAUAAGAAAAAGCUCACGCCAUUCACUAUUUCUGAAAAUUUAAACCUAGCUCUGAAUUCUGCCUCAGCCAUUGGUUGUACAGUGGUCAACAUUGGUGCAUCGGAUCUCAAAGAAGGAAAACCUCACUUGGUCUUGGGACUUCUCUGGCAGAUCAUCAAAGUUGGCCUUUUUGCUGAUAUUGAGAUUUCCAGGAAUGAAGCUCUGAUUGCAUUGUUAAAUGAAGGUGAGGAACUAGAGGAGCUGAUGAAGCUUUCUCCCGAGGAAUUACUGCUGCGAUGGGUGAACUACCAUCUGACCAAUGCAGGAUGGCAUACCAUCAGCAACUUCAGCCAAGACAUUAAGGACUCGAGAGCCUAUUUUCAUCUGCUUAAUCAGAUUGCCCCUAAAGGUGGGGAAGAUGGACCUGCCAUUGCCAUUGACCUUUCAGGAAUUAAUGAGACAAAUGACCUGAAGCGUGCUGGACUCAUGCUUCAAGAAGCAGAUAAACUGGGCUGCAAGCAGUUUGUUACUCCUGCAGAUGUGGUUUCAGGCAAUCCUAAACUUAAUUUAGCUUUUGUAGCUAAUUUGUUUAACACAUACCCAUGCCUGCACAAGCCGAAUAAUAAUGACAUCGAUAUGAAUUUACUGGAAGGAGAGAGCAAGGAAGAGAGAACAUUUCGGAACUGGAUGAAUUCCUUGGGAGUCAACCCAUACAUUAAUCAUUUGUACAGUGACCUUGCAGAUGCUUUAGUGAUCUUUCAGCUCUAUGAGAUGAUCCGAGUGCCAGUCAACUGGAGCCAUGUCAACAAACCUCCUUAUCCUGCCCUUGGAGGGAACAUGAAGAAGAUUGAAAACUGUAACUAUGCAGUGGAACUUGGGAAGAACAAAGCCAAAUUCUCCUUGGUUGGCAUUGCUGGGCAGGACCUAAAUGAAGGAAAUUCAACACUUACCCUGGCAUUGGUAUGGCAGCUGAUGAGAAGGUACACAUUGAAUGUGUUAUCGGAUCUUGGAGAGGGUGAAAAAGUAAAUGAUGAAAUUAUAAUUAAAUGGGUCAAUCAGACUCUUAAAAGUGCAAACAAAAAGACUUCUAUUUCCAGCUUCAAGGAUAAAUCUAUAAGCACAAGUUUACCUGUCCUAGAUUUAAUAGAUGCCAUUGCACCAAAUGCAGUUCGUCAAGAAAUGAUCAGGAGAGAAAACUUAUCUGAUGAGGACAAGCUGAACAAUGCUAAAUACGCCAUUUCAGUUGCUCGAAAGAUCGGUGCCCGGAUAUAUGCAUUACCUGAUGACCUCGUAGAAGUGAAACCAAAGAUGGUUAUGACGGUGUUUGCAUGCUUAAUGGGAAAAGGACUGAACAGAAUAAAAUAAUCAUUUCAUAUGA